AUGAAGAUGACUUCGCAUAAGAGAAUAGCUUCCUCAUCAAUGAUCUAUUUCUUUCUGCUUUUGCUUCUUCCCAUCGCGUUUUCUGAGCCGACAAGGAACUUAGGUGGAACAAGUGCAAGAGCUCCAACAGUGCAGCAGAUAAGUAACAAGCAUGGAACUAAAGAGGUGAUAGUGGACAAUGGGAUGAUCAGAGUCAGUUUCUCGAAUCCUCAAGGACUUAUAACUGGGAUCAAAUACAAAGGAAUCGAUAAUGUUCUCAAUCCGCAUCUCCGAGCUCGAGGUUACUGGGACGUAACAUGGCAAAGAGAAGAAAACGUUCGCCCGGGCUUAGAUCGAAUCGAAGGAACCAAGUUUAGAAUCAUAACUCAAAACGAAGAACAAGUGGAGAUUUCAUUCUCUAGAACAUGGAAUGGUGGUUCUAAUCAUGCUCCGUUAAACGUAGACAAGAGGUAUAUCAUACGUGCAGAUACCUCAGGAAUCUACACAUACGGAAUCUUCGAGAGACUGCCCGAAUGGCCAGAAGUCGAGAUGGGUCUAAUCCGAAUCGCAUUCAAACUCAACCCUGAUAGAUUUCAUUAUAUGGUGGUGGCGGAUGAUCGGCAAAGAGAAAUGCCUACGGAUGAUGACCGUGGCCAUGCCAAGAUUCUUGCUUAUAAAGAAGCCGUACAAUUGACUCAUCCUCAUAACCCUAUGUUCAAAAACCAGGUGGAUGAUAAGUACCAGUACACAUGUGAGGUCAAGGAAAACAACGUUCAUGGUUGGAUCUCGACCAAGUCCCGUGUCGGUUUCUGGCUCAUCUCACCGAGCGGCGAAUACCGAUGUGGUGGACCGACCAAACAGGAUCUCACGUCUCACGUUGGUCCAACGACCCUCACGACCUUUAUAAGCGAGCAUUACAUUGGUACGGACAUGGAGACAAGGUACAGAGCUGGUGAAGCGUGGAAGAAGGUCUUGGGACCUGUUUUUAUUUACUUGAACUCUGACUCCACCGGCAAUAACCCUCGCGGUUCAUUAUGGGAAGAUGCUAAACGACAGACCGAACAAGAAGUUGAAGCAUGGCCGUACGGUUUUGUAGCAUCCCCUGACUUUCUUUCUCGUCAAGAAAGAGGAACCGUUACCGGUCGACUCUUAGUCAACGACAGAUCCUUGACUCCUGCACGAUCGGCAUACGUUGGUUUAGCACCGCUGGGAGAAGCUGGUUCAUGGCAGACAAACACUAAGGGAUACCAAUUUUGGACAAAGACGGACGAAACCGGUUACUUCACGAUUGAUAACGUUAGACCGGGAACUUACAAUCUGUACGGAUGGGUUCCUGGCUUCAUCGGAGACUUUAAGUACCAAAGCCGUGUCAACGUAGCUUCGGGUUCAGAGAAAAGUUUCGGUAGAGUCGUGUUCGAGCCUCCUAGGAACGGUCCAACUCUGUGGGAGAUCGGUGUACCGGAUCGAACCGCUAAAGAAUACUUUGUGCCGGAGCCAUACAAGAACACACUUAACCCCUUAUACCUAAACCACACCGACACGUUUAGGCAAUACGGAUUGUGGCAACGAUACACAGAGUUAUACCCAAAUCAAGAUCUCGUCUACACAGUUGGUGCUAGUAACUACAACCAAGACUGGUUCUACGCUCACGUCACAAGGAACAUCGAUGGUUCGACCUACGCGCCAACGACAUGGCAGAUCGUGUUUAAUCUUCCAUACGUGAACUGGCGAGGAAGCAGCUACACAUUGCAGCUAGCUUUAGCUUCGGCUUCACGGGCUAAUCUACAAGUACGGAUCAACUACGAGAACUCGAGGCCGGUCUUCUCAACGGGCAACAUCGGAAAAGAUAAUGCCAUAGCAAGACAUGGAAUCCAUGGAGCUUACCGGCUUUACAGCAUCAAUGUCCCUGGAAGAUUGCUAAGAAUCGGCACCAACACGAUCUAUCUCCGACAGACUAAAGCUACGGGACCGUUCGAAGGUGUUAUGUAUGAUUACAUUCGCCUCGAAGAGCCUUCAAGAGAUUAA